UUCGUAUUCUUCUUUCUUCUUUACAACAAGUAGACGAAUGGAGAGAGUGGAGAGAGGGGCGAGAGAGGAAUCAUCUAUUAGAUCAUCAUGGUGGUCGAAGCUUCCAAUGGAUUUGGUGGUGACAAUCAGUGACCGGCUUGAUCUUUACGCGGAUUACGUUCGAUUGAGGUCGGUAUGCAAGUCAUGGUACUCCUUCCUCCCUAAGAAGUCCUACCACCCAUCCCAUAACUUCCCCCUCUUGAUUUUACAUUAUCAUGAGAAAAAUUGCAGCAACUACCAUAACGGCAUAUUCGGGUUAGCAAAGAAUAAUAAGCUUCAUUUCCUCCGCAACCUUCCAGACGAGUCUCUUCACAACCAUAGGUGUAAGGGUUCCUCCCAUGGUUGGCUGGUUAUGUCUAGAUCCCCAAAACAACCCAUAUACCUUUACAACCCUUUCACCAACACCAAGCUCACCCUUCCACCCAUCCACGUAUUUCGUUUACAAAAGGUUAUCUUAUCAUCAACUCCUCCUGCUGAUCUUAUUGUUGCCGUCGCCCUCCAUGGCUAUGAGGGAAAGCUUAUUUUCGCUAGACUUGGAGAUGAAGCAUGGACUGGUUUAAAAACUGAAUCUAAUGAAUUUAGUGGUUUCAAGGAUGUCUUAUUCCAUGGGAACAAACUUUAUGCUGUACAAUCAGAUCUGAAGGUUUAUGUCUUCCACAUUGGCGUCGACUUGCAUAUUGAUUCUUCUUCUUGCUCUAUUCUCCAACCACAACCUGAAUUCGAAGAUGAAUACCUCAAGCCUUAUUAUAGGUUCAAAUAUCCCAUAGUGCCGUAUUUGGUGGAGUCAUCAUCUAACGAUGUGUUGAUGGUUGUUCGGGUAAUAGAACGUAAUAAAAUUUUUGUUGAGUUUAUGCCGAAUUGCUGUAUAACAGAAUUUAAAAGAACAACAAUUCGGUUCAUGGUUUUCAAGUGGGAAGGAAAAAGAUGGAUGCAUGUUAAGAGCUUAGGUGAAGAUAUUUUGUUUGUGGGACUGCCUUCUUCUUUAUCCAUUUCUUCUCGUGAUUUUCCCGAUGAUUGCAGAGAAAAUUACAUUUACUUAAUCGAUGUCUAUCGUGCGUAUCCCCAAACGGAAUCUCAUUUUGAUAAAUGCAUAUUCAGUUUAAAAGAUGAUGAUUGCAUUGAAGAUUCGUUAUUGUUGUUGGAGGAUGAAGAUUCCUGGGUUGCAGAAUUUCGUCAUCCACCUGCUUGGUUUACAUACAUCCAGCCCGAAGCCCCAAACAAAGAAGGAUCCCGGAUGUAGUACCUAAUGAAUCACUAAUCAAAAAGUAUGUUCUGAAUAGAGUGAGCUGCAAAAGAUUUGACUAUUAUGUCGCUUCUUCUUCCAUAAUAAAAUGUUACAAUGCAAUUUUUUGGUUUAA